AUGAUGUUCAAAAGAUUGUUUUCAACGAGCACAGUGGUGCGUGGAAAGAAAUUGCUGACUUUCCCUGGUCAAGGUCAACCUGUGGAAAAGACAUUUGUUCAAGAAUUGAGUCAAAAAUAUGAUUUGGAAUCCUACUUCAAGUCUUUGAAAAAGCAAAUAUCAUCAAGUUUUGUUCAAAACGUUCAAUCGCCAUCUGAUGAUUUUUAUUUAUCAACUUCAAAUACUCAACCUUCAAUAGUUUCAUUAUCGUUAUUAACGUUGGAAAUCCUUAAGAAACAUCAUGGAAUUGAUUUAAUCAAAGAUUCCGAUUAUACGAUGGGCCACUCUCUUGGUGAAUAUACUUCAUUAUGUAUAAACAAUGUCUUUCAACAUAAUCAAGAUCAAAUCCUGUGGUUAGUUCGUCAGCGUGGGGUAUUGAUGGAAGAAGCUCUAGCUCAUUCAAAAAAUCAAUACGGCAUGACUGCCCUAGUGUUCCCAGCUAUGAAUUAUGAAGAUGUGGAAGUGUUAUUAACACAUGCCUUGAAAGAAACAAGUUCAGUUGCCGUGGCUAAUAUAAAUAGUACUCAACAAAUUGUUAUAUCAGGUAUCAAAUCUGAAUUAGAACAAGUUGUAAACUUUGUGAAAGAACGUUCAAAUAUCAAAAGAAGAUUAAGGGUAUUCCCAUUAUCUGUUACUACACCAUUCCAUAAUCCAUUAUUACAAAGUUCAAAAGAUAAAUUCCGGGGUAUAAUUAAUGAAAAAUUUAAUAUAGAUCGGGAAUCUCGUUUACAAUUACCUAUAAUUUCGAACUUUGAUGGCCAAGUUAGUUAUACCCAUGGUGAAGCCCUAGAUAAAUUCAUUGAUGAUUUCAUAAACCCUGUUCAAUUCAAAGAUUCAAUUGAAAAUGCAAUUAAAGAUUUAGGUGUGAACACUGUUUGGAACAUUGGACCAAAUGGUCAUGUUAACCAGGGGAAUAUUGGUAAGACAGAUAUUGAAAAGAAGUUGGAAACAAAUCAAUCUAUAAGUAAUAUAGAAGAUUUCGAAACUUUUGUGGAGAACUACAACAAAUGA